GCCCCGCCCGGGAGUUCGCGGCGACCCUGGGCCCCGCCCCGGUCCGAGGCUCCAGGGUCUCCAGGGCGGGGUACCGGAUCCCUCCGGCCGGGAUCCCCAGCGCCCGCGCUCAGGUGCCUCCUCUGGGAGGGUGACCCGCAGCCCAGGGACCACCCGAACCCCUUCCGGUCGGAAGCACCCCGCAGGUCGGACCGGAAGGGGAGCCUCAACCCUGCAGUGUGACAAAGGAAGUCCCGCCUCUGUCGCGCCGCUGACACCGCGGACGCCACCGAUCUCCGAGCCGGUCUCGGAGGGGCGGGCAGGUGAGGAUCUCCAUCUAGGAGUCCGCGUUUGUAUCCAGAGACGUGGCGCGCAGCGGCGUCCUGAGCUAGGAUGUGGAGCCUCGAGGGGAGCGGAGACAAAGGCAAAGAUUUGUUUCUGGAGCUGCCAUGAUUGAAGUGGUGGCUGAACUGAGUCGAGGUCCUGUAUUUCUGGCGGGGGAGGCUCUGGAAUGUUUAGUGACUGUCACUAAUCCCCUGCCCCCGACCGCCACUUCUGCAUCCAGUGAGGCUCUGGCCUGGGCCAGUGCCCAGAUCCACUGCCAGUUCCAUGCCAGUGAGAGUCGAGUAGCCCUGCCACCCCCGGACUCUAGUCAGCCAGAUGUCCAGCCUGACAGCCAGACUGUCUUUCUGCCGCACCGAGGUGAGAGGGGUCAGUGUAUCCUUUCUACUCCACCAAAAAUUCUGUUUUGUGACUUGAGGCUAGACCCUGGAGAGUCCAAAUCAUACUCCUACAGCGAAGUGCUGCCCACAGAGGGACCACCUUCCUUUCGGGGUCAGUCAGUCAAGUACGUCUACAAAUUGACCAUUGGCUGCCAGCGUGUCAACUCGCCCAUCACUUUACUCAGGGUCCCUUUGAGAGUUCUUGUGCUGACUGGUCUUCAGGAUGUCCACUUUCCACAGGAUGAGGCGGUGGCUCCAUCCAGUCCAUUCUUAGAGGAGGAUGAAAGCGGCAAGAAGGAAUCAUGGCUAGCUGAGCUGGCUGGGGAGCGCCUCAUGGCUGCCACCUCCUGCCGCAGCCUCCAUCUGUACAAUAUCAGUGAUGGCCGAGGGAAAGUUGGGACAUUUGGUAUCUUCAAAUCUGUGUACAGACUCGGCGAGGAUGUGGUGGGGACCUUAAACUUAGGGGAAGGAACGGUAGCCUGUUUGCAGUUUUCAGUAAGCUUGCAGACUGAAGAGCGUGUACAGCCUGAAUACCAGCGGCGCCGUGGGACAGGAGUUGCCCCUUCGGUGUCCCACGUGACGCAUGCCCGGCACCAGGAGUCCUGCCUCCAUACAACUAGAACCAGCUUCUCCCUCCCCAUCCCUCUUUGCUCUACCCCUGGCUUCUGCACUGCCAUCGUGUCCUUGAAGUGGCGACUGCAUUUUGAGUUUGUAACAUCCCGGGAACCAGGAUUGGUUCUUCUGCCCCCAUUGGAGCAGCCUGAACCUGCGACCUGGACGGGGCCUGAGCAGGUGCCUGUAGACACCUUCAGCUGGGACCUCCCCAUCAAAGUGCUUCCUACGAGCCCCACCCUGGUCUCAUAUGCUGCCCCAGGCCCCAGCACCAGCAGUAUAACUAUCUGAAGGUGGCCCACAUGCCCACCGUGGCACAACUUUCUUCAAGACAUUGAAAACUCAACAGCUGGACCCGGUGGGGCCCGCUUUCCCCACCUGGGGCCCUGCCGCACAGCGAUGAGAACCAGGCUUUCAGCUGUGGCAUUGAUUUAUUUAUUCAGAGUAAACGGGCAGCUGCUAGUGGUUUCCCUGGAAGUGGCAGCAGCAAUGGGCAGUCAGCAGAUGGGUGAUCCUUCAGCUGGAGUGGGGAGCAGGAGCUCUAGGGACAGGGGUGUUAGCUGAGCCCCAUUCUAGGUCAGGUCCUCCCCCUUUGCAGGGCAGCCGAGGGUCAGAUUUUUGCACCAGAGAAAACCGACAGGUUCCUGCUUCCUGGCGCACUUCACACCCAGCGGGGAAGUCAAUGGGAUGCUGAGACCUAGAAAACCAAAGAUUGGGAGUCGGUACAGUGGAAAGCCACCUCUAGGGUGUGCCCUUCCCUCUCAUAGCUGUGUCUCCGUCCCCCCUCCCCCCCCCCGGUAUCUUCUAGUGUCCCCCAGACUCUCCAGCUCAGCUCUCUAUAUAAGGAAUUUUUAGUUUCCUAAGCAGGAGUAUUUCCCUCCAGAUCUACCUCAGCUCCCCUUCCUCCUUGGUGCCUUCACCUCUGUGGUCGCAUGAUGCUCUCCUGCUUAUUCUUGCCUCACAGAAAUUAGUUCCUCCCCACCGUCCUCCCUCUGGCCACCCUGGGUCACUUACGUGUCACAGCAGCCCACACCCACGGGGUGCAGACAGGUGCAGUGGAAACAGUCCUUGCGGAGCCAGGAUUCACCCAGAGUGAAGUAUUUCCCGUCAUAGUGGCAGGGAGCUAGGGAGAAGAGAACUGGUCAGUUGGUAGGUGAAAACUGGGCGUGUCGGCAGCAGCCUCUUCUGCUCUAGGGUGGGAGAGAAGCCAUGCAUACUAGCCGCCUUGUCCCUCCUGUGUCACAGGGUCAUCUCUGAGCUGUCGUCACCCCCUCAUCUUUCCCUUAAGCAUCAAUCAGUCCACCUUACCUUGAGCUUGGAAGUAACACUUGCUGUUAACUCCUGGGUGCUGCAGAAGCAGAGACACCACCAAGCAGACGAUCCUCCAGCCUCCCAGGAUCCCCUUGCCCUGUCCAGCCCAGAGCAUCCUCAGAGCCAUUCCUGCAGCUCAGCUCUCUCAGACCCUGCCUGGCUUUUGUUCAGAUUCCUCUGGCCUUAUCCCCCUUCUUUUGCUGCCUUGCUCCUUGACUCCUGAGUGUCUUUCUCCUUGGGUUCUGUCUCAUACCAUGGCAGUGCCCUCUGCUCUUACAGGCUGGGCAUGUUUAUAAAGUGAGGACCCUGGCCCCCUGCUGAGCAGAACUGGACAGGCUGCCGCUCUGUUUCCUGAGGUGAGGGCAUGAAAACAAGAGGUCCUGCUUUUAACAAGCUGUGAGGGCUGAUUCAUGCCCCCACACAGCUAGGAGGAGGGAGGUGGCCAUGGAAGGGGCACUGGACUGGGCACUUCCCCAGCCGGGAGGGGGAGGGUUGAAGGCCCCAGGUGGUCCCCAGAUCUCCUUGACCUGCAGAGAGGAAGCAUUCCAUCAACCCUCCCUCCACCACCACCAGGGGUGUGUGUGCUGGGAUCCCUGCCUGGACCGGAGGGAGGCAUUUCCUGGGGAUGGCUAAUCCUGUGCCCCAGCCAAACCAAGGAGCUGCAGCAGGGUGCAGCUGCCAGAGGCUCCAGGAGAGCAGGCAGGCAUCUGGAGUGGAGGGCAUGUUUCCUUCAGUUCCUAGGGGGGUCGGGGGGACGGGGGCAGGGUUUCCCUGGUGCAUCUGAGAAAUGACUGUCCUCAGCACCCAUGGGCACCCCAAAGGUAAACUUUCCAUUGUUUUUUAUACCCAAUGGGCAGCAGUUACAAGAUUGCCCCAUCCCGAGCAAUGCCCUCCCUCAGAGAGAAGCAUCUCUUCCAAGUACCCCAACAGAUCAUCCUCCUACUACAGAGAUGCUCCCUCCCUCACGAUGGAGCAAGGCCUCGUGGGCUUUCGUCUUUGGCAUUCUUUGAGUUUUGCAGGCUCUGGAAGACUAGAAACAGACAGCUGAGAUUCAGACUCUUACUAGCCACCUGACCUCACACAAGUCACUUCCCCUCUGUCAUCCUUUCUUUUCAUCUGUGCAUUGCCAGCACAUGGGUUCAUCGUGAGAUAGCACAUGGGAUGUUCCUAGUAGCGUCUUUGGCCCGUGACCAUCAGAAAAUAGCCUCUUCUUGAGGCUAAAGCUCAGAGACAAUGCUGGUGCAGUCUCUGGAGGACAGUAAGCAGCUCUGAACAGCCGAGCUCUGCUGUUGUGAGCUGCACUUUUGUGCUCCGAGGUCCCCUACUGCCUCCUUCGAAAACAGGUAUGGCCCUGUGAGCAUUUUGGUUCCAGUCGUUAACAUCUGGAGUUCCUCCCACCUGGUUUGAGCUGCUUUUCCCACCUCAGUACCUUGGGAAGAGGAAUCUUACCCUCCCACUAGCCUUAGGUCUCUGCUUUUUCUUAUUUGAUCCUGACCCCCUUUUUCCCCUUGUCCCCUCAUGUGGAUCUUAAAUCUCCAUUGUGACACUUGUGAUAAUAGUUUAUCGAUUACUAACGCCCUGAUCUAACUGGUCCUCUUUACUUUUUACUUCCCCACAUUUCAAAGGCCCCGCUGCUGCUCCAACUACCCCUCUCCUGCUCAUAGGACCUUUGCUCUGGUUUUCCUUCAAGCCUGUAGUCCCGUGCAGCCAAGUUUACUCUCCAUACAGUAGAUAUGACUUACCCUGCCUGCCAUCUCUUCGUCCAGCAGCCACUGUCAGUGCCCCUCUAAUUCCUUAGCUGUCUUCCUCCAAGAUACCUUUGGCCUUGGCCGGGGAUGCAGGUCAGUGAUAGAGUGCUUGCCUACCAUCUCCGUGUCCUGGUUCCACCCCCCCCCCAAAUUGAGUGAAAGAAAACAUGAUUCCCUUUUAGAGGGGUAUCAAGACAAAAACAAAGGAAAACUUAGGGUACACCCGGUAGGCUCCUGUGUAGGGGCCAUGGCCUUGACUCCCUGACAUCCUGGCUGGAGAAGGGAUUAGAAGGCAUCAGACAAGCACAGGUUUUAGCAGUCUGGUCAUAGCUCUUCCUCUGCUUUGGGGGACGCACCUGAAGGCUGAGCGUAGGCUAUCUUCUGCACGCACUACAGACUAGAAGUGGAGGCGAGUGGGAAGCUAGAGACCCGGGAGGCAGUGGAGGCGCUGGAAGUGGACCUGAUGGGCACUGGUGUGUGAGCCACACUGCAUUAGAAGGGAGGAUUAGCCUCCUGGAAUGCAGACAAAGCAGGCGUGUCGCGGUGAGAAUAGGACAACUUCCUGAGGUUGCGGAGCAGUGUAGAACUGAUGGACGGCCUGGGCCUGCAGUGAAUGUGUAGGGUAUCAGUGGCUGACAUCCAGCCCGCUGAGUCCUUGGAGAGCAGCCUCAGGAGCAAGGGGCAGGGUGGAGUUGGCACAGGCCACCUGUGCAGGGACAAGGACAACAUCCGCUGGAGGUGGGCCAGGCUGUGUUCCAGCAGUGCAGGCAGGUGCGCAGAGUGAGGAAGUGAGCACAUUCCGGGGCUGAGUCACCCCAGUGCUGCCACUUUGCCCAGAAGGUACAGAGCAUGGCCUUUGAAGAUCAUGGCUCUGGGAGAUUUGAGGACCGAACCCGGAGUGGGGAGGGUCUUGAAAGAGCCCAAAGAAAUCAUGGAAGGGGCUGUCUGCCCAGCAGGCACCACAGUGUGAAAUGCAAAGCCCCUAAGUUCACAGCUUGUUUCUGAAUAGAGACAGCCAGGCAGGGUAGAGCCCCUGGGAAACAAGGGGAGAGGCAGAGGAAAGGUCCUCCAAAGGCUUCCUAGAGAGAGCAGGAUCCGGGAAAACUGGGAGGCAGGUGGUGCGGUUCACCUGGGUUAGGCUUCUGAGACCAAAGCAUCCCAGCAGCGGGCUGUGCUGGGCCAGAGGUGUUUGUCCAGAGGCCUGUGUGAAGGACGGGCUUCAGGGAGUGUGGAGAGUUGAGGGAUCUGGAUCUUUGCAGAAGUUCUUGGUUCUGAAGAGGCUUGCUGUGGUAGAAAAAUGAUGGGUGAAUUUUUCGGGUGGACUGGGACAGCGUGUUGGCUGGUGCGCAAAGGUGGUGAAGGGUGUGAAAACAAAGCCAUCUCUGUCUGCCGUAGUCACCAGCCCAGCACCGAGAAAUCUCAGGAGGGUUGCCACUAGCGCGAGGCCAACCUGGGCUACAGAGAGAGACCCUAUCUUAAAAAACAAUUUGUUCUUACUGAAUUUUAAAACAAAAUCUUGAAUAAAAGUUGAAAAUCAA